GGAGUGGGGUUAGGCACAUCAGAAGAGGGGAAGGGGGCGAGUGGGUGGCAGCACGUGGGCGCCAUGUAUCAGAUGGGCAAGAUGCACUUGACUGGGACGGGGGUUCCCAAGAAUGUAGUUAUGGUGAGAUGGGUGCACAAAAUACAGGAGCGGAGCCCAUGGGGGGUCAUGCUGCCCAUGGGGGGUCAUGCUGCCCCUCGCUCUCAUCGAGGCGGCGCGGCUACUCAAGGCAGUGGCGGAGCGGGGGCCAUGGGGGGUCAUGCUGCGGUGGCACACGCAUGCUUCAUGUCAUCCACCCACGGCCCCUCCCUCGGGUCCCUCUCUGUUCCCUCUGCUGUCAUCCCUGUCCCCCCAUUCCACUGCCGCUCUCGCCUUCUAAAGGCGGUGGCGGAGCGGGGGCCAUGGGGGGUCAUGCUGCGGUGGGCACACGCAUGCUUCAUGUCAUCCACCCAAGGCCCCUCCCUCUGGUCCCUCUCCCGCUCCGCCUCCUCCUCCUCCCUUCUCCCUCUCCUUCUCCUUCUCGCUCUCCUCCCCGCUCUCCCCCCCUCCCUCCGCUCCUCCUCCUCCUCUUCCUCCCCGUCCGCCUGGCCUGCGUCCUGUGAUGUGGGCACAUCGCUGAUGCUCUACUCGAGAGCUGCGGAGUUUGGGUAUGAAGUGGCACAGGGGAAUGCCGCCUGGCUGCUGGAUAAGCCUGCCUGCAUCGGUGAUGUGGCCACGUCGUGGAUGUUCUAUUCUAGAGCUGCCGAGUUGGGGUGUGAAGUGGCGCAGGGGAAUGCCGCCUGGCUUCUGGAUAAGAUAAGGGAAGCUACAGAUGGGGUUGCAAGCGAUGAGAAUAACGCAGUGGGUGGAGAGGGGUCAGCAAGUGUGGAGAGGGGUCAAGAGGUGCAGAGGCCGGUGCUACAGAGGGAGCUGCUUCAGCUGGCAGAAGAUCAGGGCAGCGUGCAGGCAGCGCUGCUGCUGGGGGAUGCUUUCUUCUAUGGCCGGGGCCAGCCGCGGGACCUGCAGCGAGCAGCAGAGGCGUACUGGAGGGCGAGGGAGAAGGGCAGUGCACACGCCAUGUUCAACCUGGGGUUCAUGCACGAGCAUGGCAUGGGACUACCCAGAGACCUGCAUUUGGCCAACGAUUCUAUGACCAGGUAUGUUUGUGGGUGGGAGCAUGGUGGAAUUGGCAGCAUGGUGGGGCGCAUAAGGGGCAGCAUGGUGGGGCGCAUAAGGGGAAGUGCCCACGCCGUGUUCAACCUGGGCUUCAUGCACGAGCACGGCAUGGAUUUACCCAGAGACCUGCAUCUGGCCAAACGGCUCUAUGACCAGGUUCUUGAUGCCUUCCCCCGGGCAGUGGUGCCGGUGAGAAUCGCCCUCUUCGGCCUCUGGAUGCGCAUGCAGUACGGCCACUACCCUCUUGUGUCCAAGGCAUUGGAUGUGUUGCCUGAGAUCGGCCCGGCCACGGCGGGGGCAUUGAAGGCGGCCCUGAGGGACAACACUAAUCCAUACAUUGCCCCUCCCCGCCUCCCCUUUCCCCUUCAUCCCCCCUCCUCUCAGUCCAAGGCAUUGGAUGUGUUGCCUGAGAUCGGCCCAGCCACGGCGGGGGCAUUGAAGGCGGCCCUGAGGGACGACACCAACGCCUACAUCGCUUCGCUCCUCGCUCUCCUGCUUGCCGUUCUCUUCCUGCGCUCCCAGCGCCGCCAGCAACGAGUGGUGCAGGCGUGA